UCCAAGGAUGGCAAAAAUUUAGAAUCUUGAGUUCAACUAAAUAUUUUUCUCAGAGACGUUGAGAUCCAGGCAAUGGCACUGGUAGACGAGAUUCGGAAAGCGCAGCGCGCUCGAGGUCCAGCAAUGGUCCUAGCAAUUGGCACUGCAGUGCCUGUAAAUUGUUUCUACCAGGCUGACUAUCCUGAUUACUUCUUUCGAGUCACCAAAACUGAGAACUUAACUGAGCUAAAAGCCAAGUUCGAGCGUAUAUGUCAAAAAUCAAUGAUCAACAAACGCUACAUGCACCUCACGGAAGAAAUGAUCAAAGAAAACCCUGAAAUUGGUAACUUUAUGACUCCUUCUCUCAAUGUACGUCAGGAUAUAGUACUUGCAGAGGUGCCCAAGCUUGGAAAGGAAGCAGCUCUGAAAGCUAUCCAAGAAUGGGGGCACCCCAUGUCAAAGAUCACACACCUGGUAUUCUGCACAACUUCAGGUGUACACAUGCCUGGUGCAGACUAUCAACUAGCCAACCUGCUCGGUCUCUCAUCAUCGAUCAAAAGGCUGAUGCUGUAUCAACAAGGCUGCUAUGGGGGUGGGACUGCCCUCCGAGUUGCUAAGGAUCUUGCCGAAAACAAUGCCGGUGCUCGAGUUCUUGUCGUGUGCUCUGAAAUUACAGCAAUUACUUUUCACGCUCCAAAUGAAGAUCAGUUAGGUUGCCUCGUUGGGCAAGCUCUUUUCGGUGAUGGAGCAGGAGCAGCAAUCAUCGGCUCAGAUCCUGACACGCUGGUUGAAAAGCCGAUAUUUCAACUUGUUUCGGCAGCACAGAUUAUGAUUCCUGACUCGGAACAUGCAAUCGAAGGGCAUGUACGCGAAAUGGGGCUACUGAUCCAUUUAUCAGAGGAUGUGCCUAAACUGAUAUCCGACAACGUUGAAGCGGCUCUACGUGAAGUUGUUACCCCAAUUGGUGGUGUUUUAAGUGAUUGGAACUCAUUAUUUUGGGCUGUGCAUGCGGGUGGGCGGGCAAUCCUUGACGGAGUAGAAGCAAAACUUAAGUUGAAAAAAGAGAAACUUGGUGUUACCAGGCACAUCCUGAGGGAGUAUGGUAAUGUAGCGAGUGCUUGUGUAUUAUUUGUACUUGACGAGAUGAGGGAGAGAUCUGUCAGGGAAGGCAAGGCCACUACAGGAGAAGGAUUGGAGUGGGGAGUCGUGAUCGGGUUGGGACCUGGUCUAACCAUGGAGACGCUUGUAUUGCACAGUGUCCCUGUUGCCAUCACAAAGUAAGCCAAGAUCUUGACUGGCUUAUUGCCUUCCUUCCACUGCAAGGGCAAUCCAAGCUAAUAAGAUCCCCCUUUACUAGCAUGGUUGUAAUGUUUUACAGUAUUAAAUAAAAUAAAAGGGAUUUUAGCUCU